ACCCUGAUUUAGGUAUGUAAACACCAGUACAUGCUACACUACACAUACUAAUACAAAUACACGUGCACCAUGGGCGAGGCAACGCGAAAGGCCGCCCUGGACCAGCCUUUGGCCAUACAGGCAGUGCAGAAGGACUGGGGUCCUAUUGUUCGCUACAAGCCAGCGGUGUCCCUCAAUUCCAGAUUCGUGGCCACAGCUUCAGGACGUUCUGUCAAGGUCUUUAGCACUGCCAGUGGAAAGCUUCUGCAGGAACACUUCCAUCAUGACUGCAAGGUAGUGGGAGUCCAGAGGGCAUCAUUGAAGGAGGAUGAGUUUGUGUCAUGUGAUGAGGAAGGGACAAUGUGCUUCUGGUCCAUCCAAUCAACAGAGGCACAGAAAAUCAAUCUUGGGACAUCAUCACACCGCCAGUCCAAGGUGGUGUCCUUUAUCCUAUUCGGGGAGGACCAGCAGCUUCUGGUGUUGGUGAACAACAAGGGCUUCAAGGUGGGCCACUUGCUAUACUUUACUGCACCGUACUCCAGCAAACCACCAGUCUUCUUGGCCAAAGAUGCAGAGCUGGGUGUGAACAAGCUGGCGGUGUCUGGCACAGGGGAGCAUAUUGCCUUCAUCUCUCACCAUGGGCUUAUCGUCCUCACAGGAAGUGCCAAGUCAGGGAAAGAAAGAGCGCGCAUUAAGCACAUGGUUGGCGAGCGGCCCCUGACUUGCCUUGCCUUCCACCCGAGCCAGGCCAUCAUAGCCUCUGGGGACAUGAGUGGCCGCAUCAUCCUCUGGUACAACAUCACCAGCACUCGGCCUGUCCGCCGGGAGCUUCAUUGGCAUGAAAUGCCUGUUGCUGACCUAAGCUUCUCUGCAUUGGGUAGUGAACUGUACAGCGGUGGGUCAGAAAACGUCCUGGUCAAAUGGCAGCUCACCUCCCAAAGGAAAUACUUCUUGCCGCGCCUUGGCCUGCCCAUGAGGUUCAUCACCACCGACCUAAAGAACAACCUCAUCAUCACAGCUCACCUGGACAAUGCCUUGUCUGUCAUCUCUGCAAGAGACUUUAAGAGACAAGGCAUCAUCCAGGGCUCUAUGAACACAGAGAGUGAGAAUUCCUUCCCAGCCGGCCUCACCUAUGAUCCUCACACCCGUUCCCUCCUCCUCAAUGGCAGGACAGGUCAUGUGCAGUUCUAUGACCCACACCACAGCCACCAGCUUCACCAUCUAGACAUAACACUGAGCAACUACUACAGUCAGGAGCGACACCAGGAGAUUCAGAACACAGAGGUAGAGCAUGUGGCCAUAUCGAAAGAUGGGCUAAGGCUGGCUACAGCAGAGUUCAGGCAGGACCUCGAGGCAUCUGUUGAAAUACGUCUCAAGUUCUGGCACUUCAAGGAGGAGGACCAGUGCUGGUACCUGAACACCUCAGUUGACCUACCCCACCAGAAGCGCAUCAAUGCCAUUACCUUCCAGCCCACCCCAGCACCAGGACAACUCGCUCCACUGUGUGUUUCAUGUGGAGGAGAUGGCAAGUUCAAGAUCUGGGAGGAGGAAGAUUCUUCAGAUAUCUAUGGGACCAAGAGUGUGUGGAUAAGCACUGGUGUUGGGUUCUACCGCCACCUACCAGCCACCACUGUCAAGAUCUCCCCUGACGGCUCCCUCCUGGCUGCUGGGUUUGAUAACAUCCUCACUAUCUGGAUCCCUCAGUCAUGUCAGCUUAAGGGCACCCUCUCCCAGCCAUACCUCGCUGAGCCAUUACAACAGGUGGAGUUUGGAAACAGUGAGGGGUGCUGGUCGGUGGCAGUGACACGCACUCACCACUGGGUGUGUGCUUGGGAUCUGUUUACCUGUACACUGGUGUGGAGAGUCAGUGUAACGACCUCCUGCAUGGCCAUUGACCCUUUGUCUUCCUACAUGGCUGUCUUCUCUGAGGAAGGUUCAGUGUAUGUGUUUGAGCCACAGAACAGUGAACUGGUGGCUUAUCAGCAGUUCAUCAGUAAGUCCCGCCCCACUUCAGCUGUCUUCGUUCCCCGCAUCAAGGCCUCGGACUCAUGUGCUGUGUGGAAUGAGAAGAGCUCCCUCAUGUACAUCACUGAGGAUCAGACCCUGCAGGCAGUGGAGGUAGUUGCAGAUAUUGAAUCAGCCAGUGACAAGAUAGCUGGGCGAGUGAGGCAGUUGGUCCACCACUCUGAGGCUGGUGUUGCUCCCACCCCUUUUGCUGCCCUUAUAGCCAAGAGCCGAACAGCCCUCACCCCUGAAGAGAAGGUUGGGCAGGUGGGCACAGCAGCUCACGGGAUCCAGGUGCAGAAAUCAGCAGCUCUUCUUCAGCAGGUGCUGAGUGAGGCUCGGGUGUACCAUCUGGACUCUUUUGCUGCUCUCACCACCGAGUUCUGCAAGAUGGUGAUUCCUGAGGCCGUGACCAGUGAGGGGAAACAGACCCAGAUGGAGAUGGAAACACAGCUGAAGGAAAAGGCAAGCUUUGAUAAAAAGAAAAAGAAAAAGCUGAUGAAGGAGAGAAAGAAAGACCUCAAAAGAGUAACAGAGAGUGACUUCAGUGACCUCAUGAAAGCACUGGCCUUGUGACCUCAGCAUGUUAGUCACGAAGCUCCUCAGAGCUAUUGUUUAUUUUUAGAGAGGAGAGAAGUUGUUAUGUAUAUGAGUGCUCUUUUAUAUGUUGUUAGUAAAGACAUGAUAAGAAAUUAACCUUAAGUAUUAUAUUAUGUUGUGUUUGCUGUUGUCAUUCUUUAAACUAGUAUGGCUUCUACUCACACAUAAUAAAGUGUUAUGGGGAAAGUUUAUUUAAGGAUACAGUUUUGAAAAAUAUCACAAUCCUAUUUUGAAACAUUUCUGCACCACUCUCCACAAUAUUCAGAAGGUUUUGUUUGAAAUUACAAAGGUGUUUAAGGAUAUUUUGAUUUAUAGUGAUAAAUUUAUAUAACAUUUCUACAUUAUUAGCUGAAGAAACACUCUUGAGAAUCUGGCUAAUCAUCUCUGUAGCCUUUGAAAAAAGUGGUGGUGAAAGAGCAUAGCGUUUUUUAAUAAAGACCCUGAUUUACUGA